GGAAUUCCUUCCCUGGCACUGACCUGCUCGGUGAUGCUGGUCUUCCUGGUGGCGGUUGAAGGCCGCUCCAAACGCAUGAUUUUUCCAGGAACCAAGUGGUGCGGCGCAGGAACGAAGGCGGGAAAUUCCAACGACCUCGGAAGAUACACCGAAACUGACCGCUGCUGCCGUGCUCACGACAACUGCCCCGACAGCAUCCCUAAGCGCAGCAUCCGCCAUGGCCUGGUCAAUCAUAAGAGAUAUACUCUGUCCCACUGUGACUGUGACGAAGAGUUUCUGAGGUGCCUGAAGAGUGCGAAGAGUGUGAGUGCAACGCUCGUUGGCCACGCGUACUUCACUGUGUGGAAUCCGCGUUGUUUUAAGAAGGAUUUCCCGGCGGUCUGCAAAAAGUACAGCUUCACCGGCCGUCGUUGCUUGGAAAUCGAAAAGGACACCACAAAGCCGAUGGAGUGGCAGUGGUUCAGCAAUACCGCCUGGUAGAAAUGCAACUGUGACGUCAUCAAGAAACUGGACCGAUUUAUCCGAUCUGCGCUUGUUUUCAGUCCGUCUCUCUGUCUGUCUGGUCGUCUCCA